AAGAGUAAUAAAAUAUAAAUGCAAGUGUUAUAUCAAAUGAAUUGUGUAAGGAAACACAUUUUAAAGAGUAAAACAUAUUUUUUGUAGGUAUUUGAAGAUUCAAUGAUCUUAAGUGAAGUAACUAUACAUAUUAGUAUAAUAAUAUAGCAUAAAAACAUGAUGAAUCCUAAGUAUACCAUUCAAUUUAAUUUUGAAACCAGAGUUAUGUGGAAGCUUUCAGAACAAGAGGAACUCUCUUCAUUUGGGAUCUACUAUUAGAAUCGAAUUAAGUGGUUUGAUUCUGAUCAUAAUUCUCUAAAUUUACUCAAAAUACACCUCUCUCCUAAAGUGUUUUUUGGAAACAUUUCGAUAUUUUAUGAUUCUGGUUCUAUUAUUGGAUCUGGAGCUUCAUCAAAAGUUUAUAUCUUAACUUAUUAUUAGGUUUGCUUGGUUAAAGUAAAAAAGAGUAUUCUUGAAUACGCAGCUAAAUGCAUUUCUAAAAAGUACAUCUUAUAAAAGAAGUCAUCCGAUCGACUUGUAUCAUAUUUCUAAUGCAAUAUUAGAACAGAUUAUAAUAAGAAAUUUAAAUCUUAUAAAAGAUAGACCACCCUCAUUUUGUGAAGUUGCAUGAAAUCUACUAGGGCGAAAACUCCUAUUAUUUAGUGACUGAUUAUUUAUAAGGAGAUACAUUAUAUAAUUAUAUCAAGAGUUUUCCAGAUGAUUAAAUACCAUCUUAAUAAAUUAGAGAAGCUAUAAAGGUUUUUAUAUCUAUACAUAUAUUUAAUUUAGAUUAUAUUAGCAGCCUUAAAAUAUUUGGAAUCCUAAGAUAUCAUUCAUCGAGAUAUUAAAUUGGAAAAUAUCUUAUUAUCAAAAACUAAUGAUAUUACAUCUUUAAAAAUUAUAGAUUUUGGUCUAGCAAUAUAUGCUAAACCACAAUAAAAAUUAAGCAUUUGUGGAACUCCUGGAUACAUUGCUCCUGAAAUACUAAAACAUUCUAAUAAUGAUGAAUAUUUCACACAUAAAUCUGAUAUUUUCAGUGCUGGAGUCAUCUUCUAUAAAUUGUAUUUUUUAUUCAUAUUUUAGAUUAACUAAAAAGACUUUGUUUAGAGCUUAAAAUACACAUGAAAUUAUGGAAUAAAAUAAAUUGUGUUAAAUCAAUUUCUAAGAUAUUGAAUACAAAUUAUAAAAGGAAGCCCUUAGUUUAUUAAAAUCUAUGUUAGAUCCUAAUCCUCAAACUAGAUUCUCAGCUAUUCAAUGUUUAGAACAUUCAUACUUUACUUGCAAACUUGAAAACAUUAAUAUUUUAUAAGAAAUCUUAGAUAAAGCUACUGGAUUCUCAGGACUUUCAUAAAUUAGUAUUAUAUCUUAUAAAAUUUCAUAGAAGAAUAAAAAGAUACUCAUUCUAUUGGAUAAGAAUGUUAGGCUGCAAUCAUUAAAAGAUGUAAUCCUACUUCUUAUAGAAUAAGAACUGAAUAAAGAAAAAGAACUAAAAGUCCUAGAAAAUAUGCUGAAUUUUAAUUAUAUUGUCCUUCUUUUUGCUAAAUGAAUUCCUUUGAAAGUUUAAGUAGUAAACGAUCUUCAUCAUAUUCCAAUAAAGUCUCCAGAAUAGAAAAUCUAAUUAAUGAUAAAUUAGAUUCAGUUAUUGAAGAAGAUGAUAAAAUUUAAUCAAAUUUUAAGUAAGUGUCUUCAAAUUGA